AUGCAGGCCGACGAUAUCACUUGGCAGGUUAUAAACAAUGGGCAUUGCUCAUUCAAAACAAAGUAAGUUUCUUAUCUGGCGUUUUUAUUCCGUCUUUAGGACCAAAACACAGAACUUCUGCCGAAAUGAGUACAAUUUGACCGGUCUCUGCACAAGAAAGGCCUGUCCUCUCGCUAACAGUCAGUAUGCCACGGUUCGGGAAGAAAAUGGUGAGUUGGUUUAUUAUACAAGAGGUUCAGAAAUGAGCUUGGAAGUCGGAGGGUUUUGGGCCUCGUAAAAUUCUAUUCCCUAGUUUGAAGGUUUUGUGUAGUGCUUAGACGAUUAUUUUUUCAGGUAUAUGCUAUUUGUACAUGAAAGUAGCUGAGAGAUCACAUUUCCCUACCAGACAAUGGGAGAAGGUAAAAUUGAGAGCGAACAUGGCCCAAGCCGUCGGGCAGAUCCACGAAAACCUUCUGCAUUGGGAUGAGUUUGUCCGGCAGAAAUGUAAAGCAAGAUUAGUUCGAAUCCAUCAAUAUCUAUUGAGGGCCAGAAAGAUGAAGUUGAAGGGAAGGUAAGUAUAAUACUUUUUGAUGUUAUUGUUUCUUUAGGGAUAAGAAACUAAUUCCAAUUGGACGUAAGGCUGAGCGCAAAGAGAUUAGAAAGGAAGAAAAGGCUUUGAUUGCUGCCAAGUUGGACACGGCUAUUGAGAAGGAACUUUUGGGACGGCUAAGGCAAGGGACCUAUGGAGAUAUCUACAAUUUCAAUCAGCAAGCCUUUGAGAAUGUGCUGGAAGAAGAAGAAACAGAAGAGCUUGAACAAGAAAUUGAAGUUGAGAAUGAAGUUAAUGAACCAGAACGUCAAUUUGUCGAGGAUUUCGAAGAAUCCGAUGAGGAAAAUAGUGAUAUUGAAGAUGCGGACAGAGGCUUUGACGCGAGUGGAGAUGAAGAAAUGGACUUUAGUGGCUCAGAUGAUUCUCAGGCAACAGAUUCGGAGGAAGAAGCGGAUGAAAAUGAGGAAGAAGGGGCCGAUGAGACAUUGGAAUUGCCGGAUACUGAUGAUGAAGAGGAAGAGCCAGCUGCAAAGAAGGCGAAGAAGACAAAGGCCAGUGGAAAGGUAUGGACUUUACAGAGUUUUAGGAUAGAGAAUUUAUGAUUUUUUUGGUUUAAUCAGAAAGACAAAUUUGGAUUAUUUUUAUACCAUCCAUGUCAUUUCAGAAGAGCGUCAGCUUCUCCAAGGCCCUCCCAACUGUCAAAAGGAAACCCCAGAAGAGCCGGCUUCGGCCUCGGAUCGAGAUCGAAUACGAAACAGAGCCCAAGGUCCGCGAACGACAACGCCGUUGA